AUGGCAGGCGCGUCGGAUUAUGCGAAAGAGCUUUUGCGGAGGCAGUUUCUAGAAAUGAGCCGAAACCCGCCCGAAGGUGUGUCUGUGGGUCUAGGUGAUGACGACAAUAUCUUUAACUGGGAGAUCUUGCUGGUGGGUCCACCUGACACGCUGUACGAGGGAGCCUUCUUUAAAGCGGUGCUUGAAUUCCCCGCUGAUUUCCCAAACAUGCCACCCAAGAUGACGUUUAAAUCGGAGAUGUGGCACCCCAACGUGUACCCGAAUGGCGUCGUGUGCAUCUCGAUCCUGCACCCGCCUGGAGAAGAUCAUUUGAACCAACAGGAGACGGCAGACGAACGAUGGCGUCCAAUUCUUGGUGUCGAGUCUAUCUUAGUGUCGGUUAUCUCCAUGCUUUCAGACCCGAAUGAUGAAUCGCCCGCCAAUAUUGAUGCUGCGGUGGAGUGGCGAAACGACAAGGAAGGCUUCAAGAAACAUUGCCGUCGUAUUGUGCGGAAAUCGCAAGAGGAGAUUUAG